UAAAAUUUAUAUUUAUGUGUUUUAAAAAAAGGUUUAGAUUAAUAUGGCAUCUAGAAUGGCUGUUGGAGCUGAGAGAAGGAAAAUAAUUGGAUUGGUUGAUGCUUGUCAGGGUGAAGAUGAUACACCCAUUGACCAGUCAUUGCAGAAAUGGGAUGUGCAAAUAAAUCCCAGUUUGAUACCAAGGCAAAGAAUGCUUGUUGAUGGAAAUAUUUGGGAACAGUCUUGGGAAGGGAACUGGUUUCCAAUUCAGAAUCUACCAAAAGAAUUGGAAAAGACUCAGGAUGAUUGGCCUCCUGUUGUUCCUUUUAGGGACGAUCACGAGCAGAUCUCCAAUAUGUACCAGGACGAAUGGCCGCCGAUCAAUGACCCGUCUCCUUAUGAAAACGACGGUUUUGGCUCUUUAUGGGGUCCUUGGAACUCUGGGUUCUCUAGGAGAGAAGAUGCACAAGAAAGAGUGAACAGGUUGAAGGAGGACCAGGAUAAAGGAGAUGAAACCUCUGCUGAAAUCCCUGCUAUGGAUAAGCAGGACGAGCUCAAGAACAAGACUGAAGUUGGGAGCAGAAUUAGCAACCUAGUUGGAGAGAUUAUUGCCUGCACAAACCAACCAUUGAAUGUUAUCCUUGAUUUAAUGAUUCUUCAUCUGCAUGGAAUAAAAUUUAUCUCCGGACUCCCUUAUCUACUCUUCAACAUUCUACCUGAACCAUGUUCAACUCCUCGGAUAGACGAGAGUCGGGACUCUGGCUCAUCUCAGUCAUACAUGGAGUCGGAGCAGUCCUUGGUAAAACCAUCUCAACAGUUUCAGGUGGCAGCCUUUGAUGGGAGAGAACCGGGAAGUCUUGGAACAACAACAACCUCUCCGGAGACAACAAGAUGGUCUUCUCUGUGGUACCCCCCAACUUCUCCAACCUUGUAUGAUGUUAGCAUAAACCUGGAGCAGAAUGUGUCCAGAGGUAAUCUGUCCCAGUCCGAUGAGUCCAAGGACGGAAAGGCCGAUGAUGUAUACCAGAAGAUGAGGAGGGAAGGAAAAGUUUCCAAGAGAUCUCGACUGAAUCCAGGAAAAUAUGGUUACUGCAGGCCUGAUCCCAGGGGUAGGUUUGUUACUGAUAGCGGAGUGAUCAAUAAAUUUAUAUCUAAACCUUCCAAUCCUUACACUCUUCAACAGGCAACCUCCAGAAAUCUAGCUCAGUUCGGCGCUGCACCUUGCACAUAUAUCUAUGAUUAAUUAAUUUAAUAUUGUUUUUAAUCUUUAUAUACGUUCUAAUUUUUUUUAUUUGUCCAAAACAUUUGAAAUAUUAGUUUAAAUUAGUUUAUUUUACCUGACUUAAAUUGUUCUCAAUGAAAUCCUUAAAUUUUGACUUUUGGAAAAAUCUAAAAAUUUUACUAUGAUACUGUUUAUUAGAUGAUAUUGUUUCACAAUUGA